AACGGUCAAUGUACUUGUAGUCACAUAAUCACAGAUUGUAAUCACAGAUUGUCAUACCGUCUUCUAUCUUCAUUAAAAGCAUGAGUGGAAAGCUAUUCACUCUUGAAGAAGUUAGAUCACAUAAUAAUGCAAAAUCUUGUUGGUUAGCAAUACAUGACAAAGUGUACGAUGUUACUAAAUUUAUAGACGAGCAUCCAGGAGGAGAAGAAGUUCUACUAGAAUUGGCUGGAAAAGAUGCAACAUCUAAUUUUGAAGAUGUGGGACAUUCUAGUGAUGCAAGGGAUUUACUUGCAAGCUAUUAUAUUGGUGAUUUACAUGAAAAUGAUCGAUCAAACUACAAACCAGAGUCAAAGAAAGAUAAAAAACAAGAUCCACAGCCGUCUAGUUUCCCUGUAUGGUUGACGAUUCUAUCUUUAUCAGUCAUUGGGGUGGCCUUUAGUUUUUACAUGUUUUACAAAAAUUAAAUGUUUUGGUGAAAAUAUUAUGCUAUAUUUGGUGAAAAUAUUAUACCAUAUGAUACUUGAGUUGUCAGCUCUUGUUGCUUUAAAAAAUAAAAUAUACAUUUUUUACUGAAGCUAUUUAGAAACUCAAAUUUAGGAAUAUAUAUACUAUAUUGUAUUAGAAUAUGUAUUAGUUUUAUUGUGAAAAAAUGUAUUUUUUUUUUUUAAGAAAAUUUU